AUGGGAAUCAAAUUCCUGGAAGUUAUAAAACCGUUUUGCAGUAUACUGCCAGAAAUAGCGAAACCGGAGAGAAAGAUCCAAUUCAGAGAAAAAGUAUUAUGGACAGCAAUCACACUAUUCAUUUUCUUAGUAUGCUGCCAGAUUCCAUUAUUUGGUAUAAUGUCGUCAGACAGCGCGGAUCCUUUCUAUUGGAUUCGUGUGAUCCUGGCAUCGAAUCGAGGAACACUCAUGGAGCUUGGUAUUUCCCCCAUUGUAACAUCAGGACUGAUCAUGCAACUGCUGGCCGGAGCUAAGAUUAUAGAAGUGGGUGACACUCCCAAAGAUAGGGCGUUGUUCAACGGAGCACAGAAAUUAUUCGGCAUGGUGAUAACAGUGGGACAAGCCAUAGUGUAUGUUAUGACGGGAAUGUAUGGCGAGCCAAGUGAGAUUGGUGCCGGAGUCUGUCUGUUAAUCAUCAUACAACUGUUUGUAGCCGGACUUAUUGUACUGCUGCUCGAUGAAUUACUACAGAAAGGUUACGGUCUUGGCUCCGGUAUUUCCCUGUUCAUUGCCACUAACAUUUGCGAAACAAUCGUAUGGAAGGCGUUCUCACCGGCUACCGUUAACACUGGUCGCGGUACAGAGUUUGAAGGUGCAGUGAUAGCCUUAUUCCACUUGUUAGCUACAAGACCUGAUAAAGUACGUGCACUCAGAGAAGCCUUCUAUCGUCAGAAUCUACCAAACUUGAUGAACCUACUCGCUACUGUCCUUGUGUUUGCUAUCGUGAUAUACUUCCAGGGCUUCAGAGUUGAUCUACCCAUCAAGUCAGCUCGUUACCGUGGCCAGCACUCCUCAUACCCCAUCAAGUUGUUCUACACCUCAAACAUUCCUAUCAUUCUUCAAUCUGCCCUCGUUUCCAAUCUAUAUGUUAUCUCUCAGAUGUUAGCCGUGAAGUUCAGUGGUAACUUCCUAGUGAACUUGCUCGGUGUGUGGGCAGAUGUGGGCGGUGGUGGCCCUGCCCGCGCCUACCCCGUGGGCGGUCUGUGCUACUACUUCAGUCCCCCGGAGUCUCUCGCCCACAUCGCCCAUGAUCCGCUUCACGCCGUCAUGUACAUCAUCUUCAUGUUGGGAUCCUGCGCGUUCUUCUCAAAGACAUGGAUCGAUGUUUCUGGAUCAUCAGCUAAAGAUGUGGCGAAGCAACUUAAAGAACAACAGAUGGUGAUGAGAGGUCACCGAGACAACUCAAUGAUACAUGAACUGAACCGUUACAUACCUACAGCAGCUGCCUUCGGAGGACUUUGUAUCGGAGCCCUGUCAGUGUUGGCUGACUUCCUCGGAGCUAUAGGAUCUGGUACCGGUAUACUCUUGGCUGUGACCAUCAUAUACCAGUACUUUGAGAUAUUUGUUAAGGAACAAGCCGAGAUGGGUGGCAUGAGCACCCUACUAUUCUAA